AUGUCGGAACUAGUGUCAGCCAGCUCCAGUGCUGAUGUGCAACCACCCAAGCGCCCUAUUUGCGAGUCCUCUCAAGAGCACGAUAACGCCGACCAUGUUGCCACGCCGGAGCCGAAGAGAAGGAAGCAUGAAGCACGCAGCAACGAUGUGGUCAUCGCAAGCAUCGGUAUGCUCAGCCCAGAGCAGGAGGAGGAGGGGGGGCCGGUUUCUCGAAGGCAAAGACAGCAUCCCUCCACACCAGGCUCUUCGCACACUGGGCGCAUAUCGCCAGACGGCCAGUUCGUGGCACCAUCGUCGUCCCCAGACGUUCCGUCGCAGGAGAAGUGGCACUCAAUCCAAACCCAGUUGCAAACACCACCACCGUCCCUAUCACGGCCGAGCGCCAGCCAGCCCAUAUCGGACCCGAGGGAACCGCCCCUCUGCAAGGAAAAGCAAAAGGUCGUUGAUCUCGCACUCGAGGGACACAAUGUCUUCCUCACUGGCUCUGGAGGUUGUGGAAAAUCCGUCCUUGUACGAACUUUAUGUCGUCGGUUGAAAGCCAAGGGCAAGAUGAUAUAUAUCGUCGCACCGACUGGACAGGCUGCCUUGCAAGUGAACGGCAUGACGACCUGGAGCUACGCUGACUGGCACCCAGAUGACAUGAUGAAGCCUAUAGAGCAGCUGAUUGAGAAAUCCUUCCGCAGACAGGUCUUUCGACGGUUGAAUCAUACUGACGUUCUCAUCAUUGACGAAAUUAGUAUGGUCGAGAACCAACAUUUCGAUCGCCUGAGUAGAGUCAUGAGUGCUAUCCGGCACAGGGACGACCAACGCGAGACUGGGGGUCCCUUUGGGGGUGUUCAAGUCAUCGUCGCUGGCGACUUCUGCCAGCUGCCCCCGGUGAAGCCUUUCGAGUACUGUACUGAAUGUGGAGAAAAAAUGAGGCGCUUCAAAUACAACAAGUAUUUCUGCCCAACUCAGAUGCACCGCGAGUUUCAAGAAGAGGAUAAAUGGGCUUUCAGAAGCGACGCGUGGAAGAUGUGCGAUUUCCAAUGCAUCCACUUGUACCAGAUUCACCGCCAGAGUGACGAGCGAUUCAUUGGCAUCCUCCAACUGGUUCGGCUCGCUGGACAGCUGAAGGAUCAUGACCUUAAACUCCUAGAGGAGUUCAACAAGCUACCGGACACGGACAAGACGUACACGUACUUCUGUCUUGACAAGUUCGAAUGCAAUGACCCUGAUCUCUCCGACAAAGGCAGACGCAAUCCGGAUGGAUCUGGUCAUCCCUUUGGAAAUCCUUUGCGUGCUUUGAAUGAGCAUCGUUUCUACCAGUCCGUCGAACUCAAGAUCAACAUGCCUGUCGUCCUGCUCAUAAAUCUCGAUAUCGAUGGCGGUCUCUGCAACAGGAGCCAGGGGGUCAUAUGCGAUUCUCGGCCGUUGGAUCCCAGCGAUACGCCGCCUGAACCAAAUCCCCAGAACUACGAAGGCGAUGAAGAAGGAUAUGUCCGUGCGCUGUGGAGAUGGCAGCAGGUCAAAGACUUCAGAGAGACCCUUUACACCGGAGAGAAGAAAUGGCCUGUGGUGCAAUUCCACAAUGGUCAGAUCCGAACCAUCAUUGCCAACUGCUCCAUCUCCGAGCUUGGAGGCAAAGCGCCAUACAGCCUGCUCAUGCGAACACAAAUCCCACUAGCACCAGGAUGGGCCAUGACAAUCCACAAGAGCCAGAGUCUGUCGCUUGAUCGCCUCAUCGUCAAUCUCGACCGGGUAUUUACGGAAGGGCAGACGUCUUUACGCGGUCUGAAGAUCGAGGGAGGCGAUGUUUUGAGAAGUCCUUUGAAAGUGGAUUCGACGAUCCGGGAGUUCCUGUACAGCUGCUUCCCUGAUUUAAGGCACAGUACUUAUCCUACACGGGCACCCCUGCGUAGAAAACUCUGGCCGCCGCGAGGAGCGCCAAAUGGUGGCCAGUCAAGCCUGUCAAGUCAAUGA